AUGUUUGCUCCACUGAAGACAGAGACACAUCUGGAGGACCCCCCUUCCCCUCCCCCUAGUCAGUUCUCCAUGGAUCCAAGGAUACACGUACUCAUCCCCUUCCUCUACCUCACAACUCACGUGCGCGCUGACGAGACCAGAGUGUUGGCGGCUAGUGUGAAGGGUUUGGGAGGAGCAGGACUCACAAACGUCCCUGGUCUGGGUACUGGAGUCUUCCUUGAUCGGGACGACACAGACCUAGUCUUCGCCAAAACAGGACUUGUCGGAAAUACUGGGAACAUCGGUGUUGUGGGUGGAGGAGCUGGGAUUGGAACCGGGGUGGUAGGUGGUGUAGCUGGUGGUAUAGGCGGUGGGGUAAUCGGUGGGAUAGCAGGUGGAGUGGGCGGGGUUCCAGUCAUGGGAGGACUCGGGGGUCUGGGAGCCGGGGGAGGAGGCAAUAAUGUGGUCACUGUAGUGGACGUUGGAGGUCAGGGAGGAGGAGGAUUAGGAGGAGGAAUAGGAGGUGGGUUAGGAGGUGGGUUAGGAGGAGGGUUAGGAGGAGGAAUAGGAGGUGGUAUAGGAGGCAUAGGAGGAAUAGGCGGAAUUGGAGGAAUCGGAGGAGGGUUAGGAGGAAUAGGAGGAGGUUUGGUAGGAAUCGGAGGAGGGCUGGGAGGAGGGUUAAGAUUGAUAGGAGGAGGAGGGGGAGGGGGCGGAGGAGGCCGGGCUGUGGCUGUAGGGGGUGGGGCCAACAUUGUCAUCAAAGGAGGAAACGUGUCGACACGGUCAAUAAGGCAACCGUCGUUUGUCAAAUACGUGGUUCCCGGAAGGAAACGGUUUCUCGGUCCGGGCUAUGGCCCUGUGUUCUAUGGAAGAAAGGGCAUCAGCAAAAGACGCUUUAUUUACUCCAAGAGAAGGCGUUUCUUUGGCUGA